AGUUAGUGGAGUUUAUGUGUCCUACUAUUGUGGUUGCUGAUAACCAUGUUUCCUUAUCUUUAAGUUUCAGUUUGUAGUGGCUAGAAAAUAGGAGUUUUUGCUUUAUUAGCCUAUUAUAAAUAGGCAGUUGUUAUUCAGUUUAAUGUGUAAUCAUCUUUAUCUAUUUCUAGCAAUAGAAGUGCCUCUUUCUUCUUCUGUUCUGCUCUAUUUUUGGUUGUUUUUGCUUUUAUCUCUUCUGCUACUUCAAUUGUUGCUAGGUGUGGUGGAGGCUGGAGUUGCUGAACUUGCAGAAAAUGCAAAUGAUGCCCAAAAGCACGCCCAUCGUGAGAACAAGAAAAAGGAUAAGAAGGCAUUAUAUUUCAUCCAUCAAGGGGUGAAUGAUGAAGUGUUUGAGAAGAUUCAAGAUGCAACUACGUCAAAGCAAGCAUGGGAUAUCCUGAUGACGGCGUACAAAGGUGCAAAGAAAGUUAAGAAGAUUUAUGGAGAGGAGUACACAGAGCAGACUAAGGUGGAGAAAAUUUUGCGGACACUCACACCAAAAUUUGAGCACAUUGUGGCAGCAAUAGAAGAAGCCCAUGAUUUGUCCCAAAUGACUGUUGAAGAGUUGUCAGGCUCAUUAGAAGCACAUGAGCAGAGACUGAAUGAGAAACGGACAGAGAAGCCGAUUGAGCAAGCCUUCCAAAGCCAAGUUUCCAUCAAAGGUGAUCAAGGUGGUGAAACAAGUCAAAAGCAUGGUGGUUCUCAUGGUAGAGGACGUGGACGUGGUUUUUACUUCAACAAAGGUCGAGGACGUGGUAGAGGAAGGUAUGACAAAUCUCAUGUUGAGUGUUAUUCUUGUCAUAAACGUGGUCAUUAUUCAAGUGAGUGCAGCUAUAAGGAGAAUGAUCAAAAGGCUCAUUAUGUACAAGAGGAAGAUGAUAGUGAAGAUCAUGCUCUUUUGAUGGUUACAUCAACAAUUGAGGCAUCAAAUUAUCACACAUGGUUUCUUGACACCGGAUGUACUAAUCAUAUGUGCGGUAAGAAGGAGUUCUUUGUUGAUCUUGAUGAGUCGUAUCGAUCCAAGGUCAAAUUUGCAGAUGAAAGCACUCUACCAGUGAUGGGAAAAGGGAGAAUCCUCAUCAAGUUGAAGAAUGGAGAUCAUAAUUAUAUUUCAGACGUGUUCUAUGUGCCGGAUAUGAAGAGCAAUCUGCUUAGCUUGGGUCAAUUGCUGGAAAGGGGUUAUAAUAUGCUCCUACGUGAUAAUCAACUCUCCAUCUUUGAUGUAAAAGGUACACUUAUUCUUAAGGCUCCUCUAUCAAAGAAUCGUAUGUUUCGAGUUGACAUUGCUAGUGAGUUGCUUGCUCAAGAAAAUAUGGUGAAGGGCUUGCCUAGCAUAAAUCAUCCAGAGCAAUUGUGUGAGGCUUGUACUCUUGGAAAACACAGCAGGUUACCAUUUGUGGCUGGAAAGAAUUGGCGUGCAAGAAAGCCAUUGGAACUUGUUCAUUUUGAUGUCUGUGGCCCAAUGAGUGUUACAUCAAUUGGUAACAAUAGGUAUUUUCUUACCUUCAUUGAUGAUUUUACUAGAAAAAUUUGGGUCUAUCUUUUGCAAAAUAAGUCUAAACUAUUGAGUUGUUUUAAGAAGUUUAAGGCUCAUGUUGAAAGACAAAGUGGUCAUUGUAUCCAAAUCUUACGAACUGAUGGUGGGGGUGAAUAUACCUCCAAUGAAUUUCAUGAGUAUUGUGGAGAACAGGGUAUACAACAUCAAGUUACAUGUCCCUACACUCCACAGCACAAUGGAGUUGCAGAGAGGAAGAACAGAACCAUAAUGGACAUGGUGAGGAGCAUCUUAAAGGCCAAGGGAAUGCCAAAUUCUUUUUGGGGUGAAGCUGUUUCUUGUUCUGUUUAUUUGUUAAACAGGUCUCCAACAAGGAGUCUUCAAAAUGUUACUCCCGUAGAAGCAUGGAGUGGUUUCAAGCCAAGUGUGAAGCAUCUUAAGGUGUUUGGCUCUAUUGCGUUUGCUCAUGUGCCGGCACAAACAAGGACAAAGCUAGAUGAUCGUGGAAAGAAGACCAUCUUUGUUGGCUAUACUCGUGGAGGAUUCAAGCUGUUCAAUCCUGUGACUAAUAAGGUGAUUGUAAGUAGAGAUGUGACUUUCGCAGAAGAUGAAGCUUGGAGGUGGGAUCUGGAUACAAACAAUGACUCCCAAAGGCGAUCUGUCAUUAUUCUUGAAGAAGAUUCUCAAGUUACAGCAACCAAUACUAAUGAAGAAGCUGCUGCACCAAGUUAUACUACACCAGAAAAUCCCAUGACACAGACUCUUCCUGAAGCUGGAAGACUGAGGAGACAAAGACAACCACCAGUUACUUUACAAGAUUAUGAGGUAACAUCCGAUGAUGCUAUUGAUGAUGAUGGAAAUCUGGUGCACUUUGCCAUGUUUGCAGAUUUAGAACCUGUAUUUUUUGAAGAAGCCAUUCAAGAUCCUAAAUGGGUGAAUGCCAUGCUUGAGGAGAUGAAGGCAAUUGAGAAAAACAACACAUGGGAGCUUACUGACUUACCACAGGAUCAAAAGGCAAUUGAUGUCAAAUGGGUUUUCAAGACAAAGAUGAAGUCCAAUGGAGAUAUUGAAAGACAUAAAGCAACAUUGGUGGCAAGAGGAUUUGAACAGCGUCCUGGUCAUGAUUAUUAGGAGGUGUUCUCUCCAAUAGCUUGAAUGGAGACCAUUAGAUUCAUUAUAGCUUGGGCUGCACAAAAUCAAUGGAAGAUUAAUCAAAUGGAUGUGAAGUC